AUGACUUUUAAAAUGCCUAGUGCAACCGAUGGCGAUGAAAAUAAUGUCGUAUACUCCUUUAAGAAAGUAGAAAAUUUACAAGAAAAACGAAAACAACUUUUUCAAAGUCGUGAAAGCCGUACUAUCAAGGUAUUCAAUAUACCGUUAUAUAUGGAAAAUUAUAAUUUAAAGGCUGUUUUUAGUCGAUAUAGAGAAUUAGAAGAAGAUGGCAUUACUACACGACUUAAAGGUUCCAAUUUGCAGCAAAAAUCAAUGGUUUACCGUUCAAUACUUGUGCACGUGAUUUACAACCAUUGGUUACUGAAACCAGCGCUGCGUCUAUCUUUAUUCCACGCAACCCCGUGACAUAUAAACCUAUGAAAUAUGCUUUUGUAUAUUUUCGAAAUGAUAAAGAUUUUAGUAUUGCAACCAAUAAUGUAUAUGAAUAUGAAGGUCAACAACUAGAAUGGUCCCCGUUAGAUACCAAAUCUUGUCAUAGAUGCGGAUAUACGGGACAUGUAGCGAAGGAAUGUCAAACGGAAUUACGACAACGUUCAAAUAAAUUAAAUCGUAAUCAACUGCUCCAACAGUUUAAAAAUCGUAAUAAAUCUAAAUUCAAUUCAUACGCCGAUGCUACUAAGGGAAAUAGAUAUCCUAAUAAUCGACAACGACAUUGGAAUCAAAAUAAUAUUAUCAACCGACAACGUAAUAAAAAUACUUAUACCUUUAGUGAAGAAGAAAUGCAAGCUUGGGGUGACGAAGAAGAUAUAAGUGACAACAAC